AGUGGGCAUCAAGGGUGGGUAUCUUUUGUAAACAUUGAUGUCGAUCACAAAAAAUACACGUUGCAUUUCGCAGAAUUAAAUACAUCAUCGUUGCAGUUUUAUCGGCAUUUACAUAAUUACCGACCACGCGGAUGCUGUGACGAAAAAUGAUAGAAUCUUGUUCUAAAAAGCAAAUGGUCUUUGCCAUAAUCUGCUUGGGAGGACUGACGCUGCUUGUUUUGAUCUUCGAAAGUUACUGGACGUCCGAGAGCGGACACCACCACUCGCGGCAGUCGCACAAAAACGCGUCCAGGGGCAAUGGUUGCUGGUUAACCGAAGAGUUUGAAAUCGUCAAAGACUGUGCUCCGUGCGGCGACUUUGAGGUCGCCAGCAAAAGCGAGCCUGCUUGCAUUGCCACCGGUUUCAAGGAGACAAUCCUUUGUGCCAUCUCUGGAAAGGUUUUCAGAGCUUGCGAUCGAGUUACUUGGAUCGAUGAGCGAAACUUUUGGACGUUCGAGGCUUUGAUGCUUCUUGCCGGAAUUUUCUCGUACUUCGUCGUGUACGCCCGACAAAAACUGCUGGACCAAGAAAUGCUCCAACGGAUACAGAGACAACUUGCUCGAGGAGUUUAA